AUGGCUGGCAGCGAUUUUUACUCAAGAAUAAAAUGUGUAUUUGGUAAUUGCUACGGUAACAAUCGGUCACGAAGAUUUAUGAGUUUUAUGUAUCCCGUACCCCGUAUCUUAAAUGAGAUAGCAAAGGUACCGUUGCUCAUGCGAUGCGACACCCAAACAAUCGCUGGAAUCUGGGCACAACAAUUCGAACGGCGGGAUAACGUUGUAGUAAUGACACUUGGAGGUCAAGUCUUUCAACAGCUCUCAAAAAAUGCAAAACGUAGCCCCAUGUUUGUGCUACCGGUUCAGGUUGAAACACGUGGUACUUACAACAUGAUACUACAACACGUCGACUCUAAAAGUGUUCUAUUCACGUCAGUACACUCAUUCAAGUCAUAUGGGAUGGAAAAAUCGUCGCCGCACUUCAUUCUUACAUUUUACGACGAACUACUGGUACAAAAGAACAUUAUUCUUGUGCGAGGUGAUAUUGUCAAUCCAACAGAUGUAUCAAAGAGUAAUGCGAAAAAACUUAUGGAACACACGGUUAAGUUCUACUCAGACAUAAAUCUUUACAAGUGGGUUGACUGUUUUAAUAACCGUCCGCGCGAAUUCGAGUUCGAAGAUUUCAAGCGUAAAUGCAAACACAUUCUGGAACAGUAA